AAUAAAUAAAUAAAUAAAUAAAAAAAACCUGGAGCACAGAAUCUUACGCCCGAAGACCUCCCACGGCCGAGCGGACUGGCCUGAUGCCGGCGGAAACGGAAAUGCCUCCGCUAGCUUCUAUGUUGAAUAGACUCUGCAGGGGAAGAUGUGCAAUGGAAUGACAGAGUCAAUAUCAAAAUCAUUUAUGACCCACUCCUCUGCCACUGAACAGUUGUUUUUGUUGUUGCUGGGAUUGACCUUUGUGUCUACUGGGAGUGGAUCAGGAUGUGUGAGGCCAUACAUGGUCCAGAACAGCUGGGUAAACCUCACAGAAAACAACAGGGGUUUGUUCCCUGUGGGCACAGUACUGCGGUACAGCUGUGACCCUGGUUACCUGCCAGAUGGACCCAGCAUCCUCACCUGCACCACGCUGGGACGCUGGACCUCUGAACCGCCUCACUGUAUACGCAGUGGCGGUACGAUAUUCAGUCCACUGCUGUCUUUUCUGACCUCAUGUCUACCCCUCACCAAACCUGAGAAUGGGGGCUACACUUGCCACCCAUCUCCUUGUCGUAUGUUUUCUCACGGCUCUGUGAUAGAGUUCUUCUGUAAUAAGGGCUUCAUUCUCGAUGGAGAAGAUAACUACCUGACCUGUCAGGAUGGACAAUGGGAUGGUCCAAUGCAGACCAACUGCAUAAGCCAAGGUUGUAUAAGACCCUCCAUGGUGCAGCAUAGCUCAACAAAUCUUACGGACACCAACAGAAGCUUGUUCCCAGUGGGCACAGUUCUACAGUACGACUGUGACCCGGGUUACCUGCCAGCUGGCCCCAGUAUCAUUACCUGCACCACACUUGGACAGUGGUCCUCUGAACCCCCUCUGUGUAUUCACAGUGACGUAUGCCAGCCUCCAUAUGAGCCAGAGAACGGAGGCUACACCUGUCACCCCUCACCAUGCUCAAGACUUUCCCACGGCACCAUUAUUCAAUAUUACUGUGACGAAGGCUACAUUCUGAAGGGAGAUUAUAAAUUCCAUACGUGUCAGUUUGGAAAAUGGGACAACCUAAUGCCAGUCAGCUGCCUCGUGGAGCAAGGUUGUAUAAGACCCUCCAUGGUGCAGCAUAGCUCAACUAAUCUGACAGAAACCAACAGGAACUUGUUCCCCGUGGGCACGGUUCUACAGUACGACUGUGACCCAGGUUACCUGCUGGACGGUCCCAGCAUUCUUACCUGCGGCGCACAAGGGCACUGGUCCUCUGAACCUCCCCGCUGCAUACGGAGUGACGUAUGUCGGCCUCCGUUUGAGCCCGAGAACGGGGGCUACACCUGCCACCCCUCCCCUUGCCAAAGACUGUCUCACGGCAUUGUGAUUGAAUAUUUCUGUGAAGAAGGUUAUAUUCUGAAGGGUGAUUAUAAAUACCUUACCUGUCAAUAUGGGGAGUGGGACAGCCAAAUGAAGCUCAGCUGCCUAAUGAAGCAAGGCCGUGAUACAGCUUUACCCCUGGGGAUGCCCGCAUUGUCCAUAGUGGCAUCCACAGCCAGCUCGGUUGCCCUCAUCCUGCUCCUCGUGGUGUUGUUUGUACUUUUACAGCCAAAGUUCAAGUCCCUGCACCGACGUGAUCCGGGUGUAUCUGGCCAGCCCGUGUCCAUCAUGGUGGAAGGAGUCCAGGUGACCCUGCCCUCAUAUGAGGAGGCUGUAAGCAAUACCGGCACCUCAACUUCAGCGCCCACCUCUGAGUCUCGAGUCCAGAUAGUGCUGUGUGAGGGUCAGCAUGCCACAGCGCCAGAGGCUGGCCCCUCUAGGCCUUCUUCCCUGAAACAGCAGCAUUCCGAGAUGACUGUGGUCCACCCUAUACCACCGUCCUCAUCCUCCUCAUCUCCUUCACCCACCUGGGGUUUGGAGAAUGCAGGCGCUACCGCUCCCUCGUCCUCGCAAAGAAGGACGUCUGCAGGCAGUGACCAACACAGCCUUUCUCUGGACUCUGAAAUGGACUUCCCUGAUGAUACGCCAUUACUGAAGGAGGCUUGAAUCGUGCUGCAACCUGUGGACUUACCUUAGACAACCAGAGCUGCACGGGGUGAGUGGCAUGCCUCUCACCAGUUUGUCAACACAAGACAGUCGACACAGACCAGCCUGGCUGAAGAGGCUCCGGGUGAAGCUGUGGGUCACAUAGAGGAACGGUUUUCUCUCGCCAUCCCGAAAGCAGAACAGAGAAGGGAUUCUCAUGUAGAUACGUGCUUAAAUUUUCCAUAGGGAUUCCUACAUUGCUCACGUAUGUCUAGCGUCUGAAGCUCAGUUUGAAAAUGUAGAGUAAAAAAAAAAAGAAACCUUUGAAGGAAUGUGUCUGUAAAGGCUAAAUGUUAGAAGAAAAUAUAUGUUUUUGAAUGGAUUAGCAAAGCUGCAAACUCAUUGAGUGAGCUAUUAAUCUCAUCUGCAUCUUGUUUACGGUUGCUUUCCUUUAAUCAUUUGGGACAUAUUAGAAAAGAUGCAUGAACGCCAGGUAACCUAGAUUGCUGUCCACAUACUGUAGAUGCAUUAUAUUUUUUGUGACGUGACUAUACAUCGUUAUUUAAAAGUUAUUAAUAAUGACUCGCACCAAUCCACCAUGUCGUUGUACAGUAUAAGGCCUCUUGUUUGCUGGAAAGAUCACUCUGCUUUUCUCUGAGUCUUUUUUCUGCCAUUGAGGGCAAACAAUUUGUGAUCAAUUUGUUUUUGGGCGGGGGCCUGUAUUUCACAUAUGUCGUCCCGAGCACUCUUCAUACCCUCUCCUCUAAAAUGGCCUUAGCUUUCCACUUCUAUGCACAGGAGUCCGUAAUAUGUACCAUAAGGAACUUAAAGAAUGUCAGUGAAACGCCUCCACUGCUUAGUGACCAUGUGUGUUUUGCAGACACAUCACUUGUACACUGGAAAAUAUUAUCGUCUUAAUUUAUUCAGGCUGCUCCGAAACUCCUGUUUUAAGGAAACGAAAAUGUGUGUUUUAUUUAUUUGUGUCCAGACUGCUGUUGAUCAGCCAUGGCUUAUUUUGGUUCUUCCAAAGCUCUUGGAAAACGUAAAAGAAGGUCUUCUUUUUUUUCUUUUUUUUUUUUUUAACUUUGCUGCUUCAUUUUAAGAUUCUACUGCAGGCACGUUAUAUGUGACACUGUAAAAGUUGCCGGGGAGAUCGACACAAAAAUAAUUAUGCGUAUAGCUUAGUGUAACGUCAGUGUUCUCUUUGUUUUUACUGUCCACUUAGUUUACUUUAGGGCUGAGAAGUGUAUUUUUUCCUUUAUUGUGAAGAUGGUAUUUUAAUAUAUGAAAAAAAAAAUUAAAUUAAGUUUGCUCUGUAUGUGAUCAUUUGAUUAAAUAUCAUUUGAGAUGUU